CUCCCCCUCCGCCCUCCACGCCACCGCCACCACCAGCAAGCUUUUCAGGCGCCAAGUGUGGGUGGUUCUUGGGGUACUAUAAGUGCGAGAAUCACGACGAGAAACAGCUGGCCUGAAGGCACUCAGAUCGCAAGCACGGGUGCAUGUUUGGGUGAAGUGUGGAUGGGUGGUCCCUGGGAUGCUAUUCGAUAGUGCGGGUGGUACCUACCUACCUACCUACCUACCUACCUACCUACCUACCUACCUACCUACCUACCUACCUACCUACCUACCUACCUACCUACCUACCUACCUACCUACCUACCUACCUACCUACCUACCUACCUACCUACCUACCUACCUACCUACCUACCUACCUACCUACCUACCUACCUACCUACCUGGGAUAAUACAAGUGUGAGAACCACGAUAGGAAGCAGCUCGUUUGAAGAUGCUGCUGGGUUGGCCUUCGGGGUUCGACGGGGGCCUUGGGAAGUUGGGAGAGUCUGUUUUAGAAUUGGCUCCAAGUCAGACUCUGGAUGACUCCUAGGAAGUGUGAGACCCACGACGCGAAGCGCCUGCCCUUAAACCCCUGAGUUGACUUGUGGGCAUGCAACUGAGUUGGCCAUAAGAGACACACCCUUGAGUGGGACUGGCCCUCCUCUCCUGGUCAGGCAAUGGCCCUGACUUAUACAUGUGGCGACCGCAAGGAGAAGCAGAACUGAAAGCCCCAGGCUGGGUGGAGUGUCCAGACUCCUGACGCAAGUGACCAGCACUCUACGGGGGGUUGUUUUGUUUAGGCACUGAUGAGAGCAUUGCCAGCAUGUUUGCUCUGCACUGGCUCCUCUGGCGUCUCUUACAUCAGUGUGUGUGCCAUGCUCGCUCUCUUGUGCAGAUGAAUUAAAUGCUUCAAAUGCUUCCCUUUUGUACCAUACCAUAUACCGGUACCAGCAUACACCCUUCUACCUCCUGAAGUGGCCGACUGGUUGUUGAUCUCCGUCUCUUUCCCCUUAUGUUCCUCAUAGCACACAGUCCGUGCUCUGAUUCUCGCAUUGUCUAGAGGGUUAUAACCUGUUUUCAGACAGGGUCAGUGGUUCCUCCCUUGUGCUAGAAAUAAUAGACACGGUAAUUAACA